UAAUAACACUCAGCAGUCUACAGCAGCCGCGCCGUGCGUACCAAACUGAGUUCCAAACCGAUCUCUCGCCGUUCAUUUACCGUCGUGACUUUCGCGUAUCUUUCGUCAUAUCAUCAUUUUUUUAUACGUUCAAAGAAACCUUAAUGUGGAAUGCGAAUAAAUCGCGGUCGUAUUGAAAUACAUAGAAUCAUAUAUUAUUAUCUACUACUUGACCGUUCAAAAUAACCCGGGCCCGGCCGUGAAAAGCGCGCACGCCAGAAGAGCGAAAAAACUGUAAAACCAUUAGUUAUAAGAAUAUGGGAAUAGGCUGUGGCGGACGUGCCGGCAGCGACGACGAAUCGUCCGCCUAGUCGUCGGCAGACGAGUGCCGCACGGCGAGAUAACCCGGUCAUUGGUGAAGUGAGCUGAUAAAAAAAAAAACAACUCAACAACCUAUUCUCUGUCAUUAAGAUUGCUGUGCGGUGUCAGAAGCAUUCAUAGCAGUCUUGGACGUCCACCACCCUGUCCAACACUCACUUAAACGUGGAUUUUCUUUCAUUUGAAAAUUGCACGUUUCGUUUUUGUACUCCCGCAUUAUGAGUGCUUAUCAUAUGAAUACUGCUCCUAUUGUAUACGACGCUCAAAACUCUACGCUGUUUGGUCACGGAUUAUUCAGCGAUUGUUACCCAAAUAUCCUGGGCUCAGCUGUAACAAUGUUCCUGUCUACUCAAUAUCAACCGGUCUUCAUGUCUGUGAUCGGGUCCAUCGUUGUGGGCCUCAGUGGACUUUUCCCCCUACUUAUAUUGCCAGUCAAUGAUUCAAUGUCUCUGAAGACUGGACCUGGCAGUAAACAUUUACGUCUAUUGUUGAGUUUUUCUGUUGGUGGUAUGUUGGGUGAUGUAUUUUUACACGUUUUACCUGAAGUAUGGAUCUCUUCUAAGGAUAGACAUGUUGACUGGAUACGGGAUGGCUGGUGGGUUCUGGCAGGUUUAUUAGUAUUCAUCAUAGUUGAGAAAUUGUUUUCAUUAUCAGAUGAUGAAAAUGAUGAAAAUGAAACCGUUCAUAACAAGGUGUCUACUGACAUAAACUCAGUCAAUAACAACCAUAAGGACUUAGGAAAAACUAAAUGUGAUAAUGAUGUGAUUGCCAAAGGCAAAAAUCACAUUCAAAUAAGUGGCUAUUUAAACUUAUUGGCCAAUUGCAUUGACAAUUUCACUCAUGGUUUGGCAUUAGGAGGAAGUUUUCUCAUAUCCCCAAGAGUUGGUUUGUUCACCACAUUGGCAAUAUUGGUUCAUGAAAUUCCGCAUGAAGUUGGUGAUUUUGCUAUUCUUUUGAAGUCUGGGUUCAGUCGCUGGGAUGCUGGUGCUCAAGUAUAUACAGCUUCUGCUGGCAUACUAGGAGCCCUUACGGCCAUCUACUGUAGUGGAGUUUCUGGUGAUGUUGAGGCAAAGACAUCUUGGAUCAUGCCGUUUACAGCUGGUGGUUUUCUUCACAUAUCUUUGGUUACUGUAUUGCCUGAACUACUACUCGAAGAGAACCCAAGAGAAUCAAUUAAACAGUUUACGUUGAUAUUAGCUGGAAUAACAGUUAUGUUUGUCAUGUCAAAUCUGUUUGAAUAAUAAAACAUACAUUUUUUCCUUGUCCCACCCUCCUACAAUGUAUCCCAUCAAAAGACUAUAAUCUAAUAUUAUUAUUUGACAUUAUUAAGUACCACCUAUUACUACUUGUUUAGACCAUUUUAUGUUAAUUAUAUUGUAUUGUAUUAAUUGUAUUAUUCAUAAAAAUGUCCUGUUGUCUUAUCCAAUUUCUUUUUAAUGUUACUAUAAGACACAAAUCCACAUAUUAUUUCUUAUACUUAAAAAAAAAUCACACCUUCACGAGUUUAAUUGGUUUAUUUAUGGCUGUGCAUUGUUGAUUUUUUUUUUUUUUUGUUAUCAAUAUUGCAUUGUUUUAAUAUAUAUUUUUUUUAAGUUUAAUACAAUUUAUUUUCAUUACCAAGCCAUAUUAUAUUUAAGUUAUUUAUGUAAAUAUUUAUAUGUUAUCAAAAAUUAUGUUCAACUAACCUUAAUUAUUUUAUUAUACUACUUAAAAACGUAUUGUAUCGAUAUCUUGUUUAAAGAACAACUAAGAUUUGUAUUUAUUUUUUUGUAAAUAAAUAUAUAUAUAUAUUUAUAUGUAUGUCACAUCAAACAA